GAGGCGCCGGGGUUGACCGCCCCCGCCGAGGCCACCCUCCUGGUGCAGGACUUUCCCCUCAAGCGCCACGUGCUCUACCAGAUCCGUGUGCCGCUGAGCCCUGCCGAGGGCAUGUUGGCCACCACCACCAUCAAGGUGUCGGCCAAGGCGCUGCCGCAAGCAGUGGGGAAGCAGUUUGUCUCGGUGACGGCGCGGGUGGCGCAGGUGACCCUGGAGAAGGUGCUGCUGGUGUCACUCCAGAGCGGCCACAUCUUCCUGCAGACCGACAAGCCCAUCUACACCCCUGGCUCCAUUGUGCUUUGCCGCCUCUUUGCUCUGGGCCACCUCAUGGAGCCAGCACCCAAGACGGUGAUUGUGGAGGUCAAGACGCCUGAUAAUGUCAUCAUCAAGCAAGUGCCCGUGUCCUCGCCAAUGAAGACCGGCAUCUUCUCCUUCAACCACAACCUGCCAGAGAUUGUCAGCCUGGGGACAUGGACGAUAACAGCCAAAUUUGAAGACUCACCAGACCAGGUCUUCAGCACCCAAUUUGAAGUCAAGGAAUAUGUGCUGCCAAGCUUUGAGGUGGUCCUGGAGCCAGAGGAGAAGUUCCUCUACAUCGAUCGGAAGGAGGAUUUCCGAGUGUCCAUCACGGCCAGGUACCUGUAUGGGAAGCGUCUGCAGGGGACAGCCUUCGUCCUCUUCGGUGUCAUGGUGGAGGACGAGAAGAAAAGCAUCCCCCAGUCCCUGCAGCGCAUCCAGGUGACCGACGGGGACGGGGAAGCCAUAUUGUCCAUGGCCACACUGCAGCAGCGAUUCACCAACCUCCAGGAGCUGGUGGGACAUUCACUCUACGUCUCCGUCACCGUACUCACCGAGUCAGGCAGUGACAUGGUGGAGGCACAGCGCAGUGGCAUCCGCAUCGUGACGUCCCCGUAUACCAUCCACUUCACCCACACCCCCAAGUACUUCAAGCCGGGGAUGCCCUUCGAUCUGAUGGUCUACGUCACUAACCCAGAUGAGUCCCCAGCUCCACGUGUCACCGUCAAGGCUGAUGGCUUCCAGGGUCUCGUCUCCACCCAGCGUGAUGGCACAGCCAGGCUGGUCCUCAACAUGCCGGCCAACAAGGACGCCGUCCCCAUCACUGUGCAAACGAACCAGCCGGGGCUGCCUCCCAACCGCCAAGCUUCGCGGCAGAUGACUGCCAAAGCUUACCGCAGCCAAGAUGGUUCCGGCAACCUCCUCCACCUGGCUGUGGGGGCCACUGAGCUGCAGCCUGGUGAAAACCUCGCCGUGAACUUCCACCUCAAGAGCAACAACAAGCCCGUUCGUGACUCUGUCCCAUACUUCACCUACCUGAUCAUGAGCAAGGGACGUAUCGUCCGUGUGGGGCGACAGCGGCACGAGGCUGGCCAGAGCCUGGUCACCAUGUCACUGCCAGUGACGGCCGAGCUCAUCCCCUCCUUCCGCAUCGUGGCCUACUACUUCGUGAUGCCCGGCGAGAUUGUUGCCGACUCCGUCUGGGUUGAUGUCAAGGACACUUGCAUGGGCACUCUGGUGGUGAAGGGAGCAACAGAGGCUGACAACCGGGUGCAUGAACCGGGGACACCCAUGCGGCUGCGCAUCGAGGGUGACCACAAUGCCCAUGUGGGGUUGGUGGCCGUGGAUAAGGGCGUCUUUGUCCUCAACAAGAAGAACAAGCUCACCCAGUCCAAGGUUUGGGACACGGUGGAGAAGAGUGACAUCGGCUGCACCCCGGGCAGUGGGAGGGACAAUGUGGGUGUCUUUGCUGACGCUGGCCUCAGCCUGGUCACCAACAUGAAGAUCACCACGCCGCAGCGAACGGAGGUCCAGUGUCCCCAGCCUGCGAAACGCAAGCGCCGUUCCCUACAGCUCAUCGAGCACAAAGGCAGCAAGGCGGCUGAGUACACGGACAAGGCACUGCGCAAGUGUUGCGAGGACGGCAUGAAGGAGAACCCCAUGGGCCACAGCUGCGAGCAUCGGACCAACUACAUCCAGGAUGGAAAAGCCUGCAUCCGGGCCUUCCUCGACUGCUGCAACUACAUCAAGGGCAUCCGUGACCAGAAGCAGCGCGAGCUCCACCUCGAGCUGGCUCGAAGUGAGGUGGACGAUGGCUUCCUUGCUGACGAGGACAUCACCUCCCGGAGCCUCUUCCCGGAGAGCUGGCUGUGGCAGGUGGAGCCAUUGACGGAGCGGCCCAAUGAGCUGGGAAUCUCCACGAAGACUCUGCCUGUGUACCUGAAGGACUCCAUCACCACGUGGGAGGUCCUGGCCAUCAGCCUCUCACAGACCAAGGGGCUGUGCGUGGCUGACCCCUAUGAGAUCACGGUGAUGAAGGAGUUCUUCAUCGACCUGCGCCUGCCCUACUCUGUGGUGAGGAAUGAGCAGGUGGAGAUCCGUGCCAUCCUCUACAACUACUGGACGCACAAUAUCAAGGUGCGCGUGGAGCUGAUGCACAACCCAGCCCUGUGCAGCGCCUCCACCUCCAAGGCGCGCUACCAGCAGAUCCUCACCUUGAAAGCUCAGUCAUCGUGGGCCGUGCCCUUCAUCAUCGUGCCCUUGCAGCUGGGGCUGCAUGACGUCGAGGUGAAGGCAGCUGUCUGGGGCAGCUUCGUGGCUGACGGUGUCAAGAAGAAGCUCAAAGUUGUGCCCGAAGGGAUGAGGUUGGAGAAGACAGUGAAGAUAGUUGAGCUGGACCCAAAGACGAAGGGAAUCAAUGGUGUACAGGAAGAGAAGGUGAGGGCAGCAAACCUCUCUGACAUUGUCCCCAACACCGAGUCCGAGACCAAAGUCAGCAUCCAAGGCAACCCUGUGUCCAUCAUGGUGGAGAAAGCCAUCGACGGGGAAAAGCUGAAGCACCUCAUCAUGACGCCAGCGGGCUGUGGGGAGCAGAACAUGAUCGGGAUGACGCCCACUGUCAUUGCCACCCACUACUUGGACAGCACGUUGCAGUGGGAAAGCCUCGGUGUUGACCGCCGCACUGAGGCCAUCAGCUUGAUUAAAAAGGGUUACACCCAACAACUUGCUUUCCGGAAACCUGACAGCUCCUAUGCCGCCUUCAAGAAUCGCCCAUCAAGCACCUGGUUGACAGCCUACGUGGCCAAAGUCUUUGCCAUGGCCAUCAAGCUGGUAGACAUUGAGCCCGAGGUGAUUUGUGGUGCCGUGAAAUGGCUCAUCCUGGAGAAGCAGAAGCCAGAUGGGAUUUUCCAAGAAGAUGCUCCUGUCAUCCAUAAGGAGAUGGUGGGAGGCUACCAGGGUGCCGAGCCCGAGGUGUCACUGACAGCCUUUGUCCUCAUCGCGCUGCAGGAGGCCCGGGAGGUGUGCAAGGACCAUGUCAACAGCUUGGACGGGAGCAUCACCAAAGCCACCGAAUACCUUGCCUCCCUUGCCCAGAGGUAUCAGUCACUGGCCCGACCCUACACGGUGGCCCUGACCUCCUAUGCCUUGGCCAUCGCAGGGAAACUCAAAAGCGAGAAAGUUCUCAUGAAGUUUUCCAAAGAGGGCGAACGUUGGGAGGAACGCAACGCCCGGACCUACAACAUCGAGGGGACGUCCUACGCGUUGCUGGCCUUGCUGCAAAUGGAGAAGCCGGAGCUGACGGGGCCAGUGGCCCGCUGGCUGGCCCAGCAGAACUACUUCGGUGGUGGCUACGGAUCCACUCAGGCUACCAUCCUGGUAUUCCAAGCGUUGGCCCAGUACCAGGUGGCAACUCCACGGCAGCUUGAGCUCAACCUUGACGUGUCGGUGCUGCUGCCACGCCGUGCCAGUGCCAUGACCUACCGCAUCGAGAACCGCAACGCCCUGGUGGCACGUUCCGCCGAGACCAAGUUGAACGAGGACUUCACGGUGAAAGCUGAGGGCACGGGCAAGGGGACGAUGACAGUGGUGACCAUCUACAAUGCCAAGGUCCCCGACAAGGAGAACAAGUGUGACAAUUUCGACCUGCAGGUGCAGGUGGAGGACGUGAAAACAGGCAAGGAACAGGAGGGUGUCAUCCGCUCCGUCAAGCUCACCAUCUGCACCAGGUACCUGGACAAAGUGGAUGCCACCAUGUCCAUCCUCGACGUCUCCAUGCUCACGGGCUUCUCGCCUGACCUCCAGGACCUGAAGAGGCUCACGGAGGGAGUGGACAGGUACAUCUCCAAGUUUGAGAUUGACCAAGCACCAUCAGACCGCAGCAACCUCGUCAUCUACCUUGACAAGAUCUCGCACAAGGCCGAGGAGUGUUUCUCCUUCAAGGCCCACCAGCGAUUCCAGGUGGGCUUGAUCCAGCCCGCGGCCGUCACCGUCUACAGCUACUACAAGAUCGAUGACCGCUGCACCCGUUUCUAUCAUCCGGACAAGGACGGUGGGCAACUGAGCAAGAUCUGCUACGGGGACGUGUGCCGCUGUGCCGAAGAAAACUGCUUCGUGCGGCAGAAGCAAGAUGUCCCGAUCACCGUCAACCAACGGAUUGAGCGCGCCUGCGAGCCGGGAGUUGACUAUGUGUACAAGGUGAAGCUGGUGGCAGUGGAGCAGUCGCCGUCCCAUGACAACUACAUCAUGACCAUCCUCUCCGUCAUCAAGAUGGGCACCGACGAGGACCCAGCAGGAAGCAACCGGACCUUCGUGAGCCACCGGCAGUGCCGAGAUGCUCUGAGGCUCCAGACUGGCCAGGACUACCUGAUCUGGGGGCUGGCCACCGACCUGUGGGUCACCGGCGGCCGCUUCUCCUACCUCAUCGGCAAGGACACGUGGCUGGAGGCAUGGCCCUUGGAGGUGGCAUGCCAGGAGCCCGACCUGCAAGCCCUCUGCCAGGACUUCAUUGAGUUCGCCGAGGCCAUGACCAUGUUUGGGUGUCCAUCCUGA